CGCGCGGGGCCUGCUGGGAGAGCACGUCUCCGCCGCCUCUCCGCCGGUUUGAACUUGGCGGGCCCGAUGUGGGCGGCUGGGCGGUGGGGGUCUGAUUCGUCGGCUUCCGACGCUCGGUCCUCGGCCGGCUGCAGGUCCACGUCUCGGCCUUCCUCCGGCUCCUGCUCAGUCCUCAUGGCGGGCGCCCCUGGGCAGGGGCCGGAGACGGUGAAGAUCUGCUCGCUGUCGCCGCCGCCGAGCUGUAGCAAUUCCACCACGUCACUGCUAUCUCCCCUGGGCCACCAGAGCUUCCCGUUUGACUACGACGAUGGCGACGGGGAGGAUGAGGAAGAGGUGGAGGAAGAUGCUCAGGAUUCAGAAGCUGAGGUGGCGAACCAGAGAGGAGUGGAGUUACAGGGGUGCGCCAGUAGUGUGGUUGAAUCGGAAGUUAACCAAGAAGAACAGAAACGGGGGUGCCUACCAGAAAGCCACCUGACACCAUGGGAAGUGUGGUUUGUUGGCAAAGAAAAAGAAGAACGUGACCGUCUGCAACAGAAAGCUCUGGAGGAAUUAAAUCAACAGAUAGAAAAAAGAAAAAAAAUGGAAGAACGUGAAAAAAGGAAGGUAAUUGCUGAAGAAAAGCACAAGGAAUGGGUUCAGAAGAAGAAUGAACAGAAAAGAAAAGAAAGGGAACAAAAAAUUAAUAAAGAACUGGAGGAAAAAGCAGCAAAGGAGCUGGCAAAAGAACAUUUGCAAGAAAAGGCAAAAGAAAAAUAUCAGGAAUGGUUGAAGAAAAAAAAUGCUGAAGAAUGUGAGAAGAAGAAGAAAGAAAAGGAAAAAGAAAAACAACGGCAAGCUGAAUUACAGGAAAAAAAGGAAAUAGCAGAGAAAAAGUUUAAGGAAUGGUUGGAAAAUGCAAAAAAUAAACCUCGUCCAGCUGCAAAGGGCUAUGGUUAUGCCAACGGAAAACUUACAGAUUUUUACAGUGGAAAUUCUUAUCCGGAACCAGCCUUUUAUAACCCAAUUCCGUGGAAACCCAUUCAUAUGCCUCCUUCCAAAGAAGCUAAGGACCCAUCAGGAAAGAAGACUAAAAGGCCUGUGAUAAGUCAGCCACACAGGUCAUCGUCUCUUGUGGUUCAGAAAGCCAGAAACAAUCUUUGCCUUGGAACUCUGUGCAGAAUACAAAGAUAGUGGAUAUGGGAAAUUGCAUGUUUUUACCUGGAGCUAUUUAAUUUUAAAAUUAGAAUAGUUUUUUACUGCUUAGCAACAGCUCAAGAUUUGAUGUGAUUAUGAACAGUGAGAAUUGAUUUACAUAAUAACUGACUUCAGUUAACAGACUGGUCCUGACUGAGAAUACACCAACAGGAAGAGACUAUAGAGAAAACUGGUAGACAGCACCUGAACCAAGUGGUCACGGUUAAUAUUACAGAUUGAUACGGACUCCCUGGUAUGAUGCAGCGGGAACUGCAGCCUCACCUCUGUGGGAGUCUUCCCUCCGACCCAUAACCUCAGUCUAAUCAUGAGAAAACACCAGACAAGCCUGAAUGGAAAGUCAUGAUACAAAAAAAACCGAAUCACUCCUCUUCAAAACAGUCUAAGCUAUAAAAGAAAAGGAAAGACUGAGAAACCAUCACAGAUUGAACCUAGGGAAAGAAACCAAAUGCAACGAGGUAUCCUGGAUUGGACCCUGCAAGAGAAACCUGAAUAAAAUCUACAGUGUGGUUAAUA